AUGCAUAUUAUGUUGUUGAAAGGCUUCCGUUGGGCGCUGGGGCUUAUUGCCUUCUUCUUCGCAGUUACGACUCUCUUGAAAUACCAAAGGAUAUCAAGCUAUCCAAAGUCCGACAUCUCCUUGCAUCCCGGGCAAGAGAUCAAUUGGAGCCGCUUUGCCUACACCCAGUAUGUCACGGAUACGGAUUAUCUAUGCAAUUCGGUGAUGAUGUUUGAGUCACUUAAUCGCCUUGGUAGCAAGCCAGAUCGGUUGAUGAUGUAUCCCGAAGACUGGUCCAUUGCCGAGAGUGAAACUUCAAAAGAGUCAAAGUUGCUGCGCAUCGCUCGCGAUCAAUAUAAUGUGAAAUUGCAACCAAUCAAGGUUCAAAGCCGGAAUGGGGGCGACCGAACGUGGGCUGAAAGUUACACGAAACUGCUUGCUUUCAACCAAACCCAAUACGAUCGGGUCCUCAGCUUGGACUCGGACUCCACCAUUCUUCAGACUAUGGACGAGUUAUUUCUCCUUCCUCCGUCUCCUGUUGCGAUGCCCCGAGCAUACUGGCUCAAUCCUGACGACCGUAUCCUGAGCUCCCAGGUCGUUUUAGUUCAGCCAUCGGAUUUUGAGUUUCAGCGUAUCAUGGACGCGAUUCACAAUGCCAGUUCAAGUGACUACGAUAUGGAAAUUGUCAACGACUUAUAUCAAGACAGCGCAUUUGUCUUGCCCCACCGCCCUUAUGAUCUCUUGACUGGAGAGUUUCGCAGUAAGAAACAUACUUCCUAUCUCGGAAAUCCACUAGAAAAGUGGGAUCCCUAUGAAGUCCUUGCGGAGGCAAAGUAUCUACAUUUCUCCGAUUGGCCUGUGCCUAAGCCCUGGAUCCAAGCACCGAAACAUAUUAUUGACGAGAAGCAACCCACAUGCGAUUUCAAUCCUCUUACCAAUAAAGACGACGAUUGCCGUGCCUUGAAUAUUUGGCUGGGAAUUUACCAAGAUUUUAAGAAUCGCCGAGAGGAAGAGACCAGUGAAGGCGAUUCCAAGGAUUCCGAAGACGGUGUUUAUGUUCCGGUAUCAUGA